AUGGCUGCUCCUAUGUCUACUUCCCUUCGUCCUCCUGUCGAUUUCUUCCCCUCCUUCAAGAAGGACGACCUCCUGGUACUCGCUGGCGAGUACCGGGCUGGUACGCUCCUGGAGUGGGACCAGCUCCGCCUGUUUGACGAGCUGCCCUGGGGGCCCGCGACACCGGACAUGUUCGUCCUGUCCUGGGAGCUCUCAGGGCUCCACAGCAACCUGGUCGUGGUCAUGGACUCGUGGUCCCAGGCACCGCAAAUGCCUGGAUCCUCCGGGUGUCUAGCUUACCGAUUACUCCUCGCACGGUCCCGCCUCCUCGAGCUCAUCGACUCCCGCCACCUGGUUGCAGCAAUGGCCCUCCAUUAUAAUAUGGGGGCCAGCAAGACAGCAACCGGUGGUGGCACCUAA